AGUGAUAAAGAAGCACAACAUGAGGAUGAUUUGCAAUCAGUUGAAAAAAGAAUCAUACCAUGACGCAUGUUCACAAGAUGUGGUUGGUCAGGUGGAUCCUACAAAAGAUGCUAAUGAUGUUGGUUCACAUGAGGUGGAUCCUACAAAAGAGAGACAUGAUGCUGGUUCACAUGAUGGUGUUGGUCAGAGAGAUGGGCCACUUAAUGAAGCUGAAGCACAACAUGGUGAAGAUAAAUCUCAAACAGUUGGCCAGGAGGAUGAACAACUUCUGAGAGG